ACAUAAUGUCAACAUACAAUGAUUCGUUUCCUGUUUCAAUCUACAACUGCAAAGGAUUACGGACUUUGGUAAUUUCUACUUUGAAAAUUCUUCCUUUACCCUCGGACUCAUUUUCAAAAUUGAAAAGCAUUAGAACAUUAAAGUUGAAUGAAAACUCAAUCGAAGAAGUUCCCGAAAGUAUUGGUGGACUAGUACAUAUGCGGUAUCUCGAUUUAAGUCAAAAUGAGGAAUUGGAAGAAUUACCCAAUUCUGUGGGUAAUUUAUUCAAUCUGGAAACAUUGCGUCUAAUUUUGUGCUGUGGACUCGUAGAACUACCGGUGAGUUUAAGAAAGUUGGUUAACUUAAAGCAUCUUUAUAUUUCGGGGUGCAUGGAUCUAAAAGUACCAAAAGAGAUUGGAAGAUUAAGAAAUCUGCAAAUCUUAGAUAGCUUGUAUCUUCGAGGGGAUGAUGAAGGAAGUUUGAAAUUAGGGGAUUUGGGAAACUUGGAGCUUCAAGGGAGCCUUUGGAUAGGAAACUUGAAGUCAGCGAAAGAUGGGAGAGAGGCUAAAAAUGCAGAGUUGGGGAACAAGAAGAACCUGCUUCAUUUGAGUCUACAAUUUCGGGAGUACCUGAAUGCCUUUCAAGAAGAACCUGUUUCUGGAAGUGAAAUUGUAGAUUUGGAGAGAGGUGGGCCGGAUUUAAAGGAUGGAGAAAUACUGAAUGCCUUUCAAGUGCAUACAAAUCUGGAGUCGUUGCUUAUCUAUGGAUACCACAGUACCACCCUGUGUCCCAGUUGGAUGAUGAACUGUCAUAAUCUGAGAAGGCUUGAUUUCUUUCGUUUUCCAUUUUGUGGGGUUUUGGCUCCUCUGGGGAAACUCCCGUCCCUUGAAUAUUUAGGGAUACAUAUGAUGAAGAGUGUGAAAAAGGUGGGAGUUGAAUUUUUGGGAAUAACAGGCGAAACACCGCAAACAUUAAUAAAGUCGUUUCCGAAAUUGAAAAAACUCCAACUUGCGGACAUGGUGGAGUGGGAAGAAUGGGAAGGAGUAGAAGAAGAGGAUUCUAAAAUUACAAUAAUGCCAUCUCUUUUAUACUUAGAAAUCGUCGGCUGCGAUAGGUUGAAAGCACUGCCAAACUUCCUUUGGAAGACCCCGCUGCGGGAAUUGAGCAUCUUGGGUUGUUCGACUCUUGCACAAUGGUUCGAGACAGAGUGGGUGAAAAAGGCGUCUCAAGUCCAAAACAUCCAAAUUAAUGGCGAGUUUGUGAAAAAAGACGGACGAGUUUCAAUGGAGGAUUGAUGAUGGAUCCGAUCCACCUCUUUGGGCUAAAAUGCUUAAUUAUAAUUUAUAUGAGAAGAAGAAAUGAUGCAGUUGGUAGCUUCGGUUGCUGUAAUUAACUUGGACAGAGUCAGAGUGUCAUGAGAUCCAUACAAGACUUGUUCAUCUCCAAGGUAUCUUAAUUUGCCUCAAAUUUUACAAAUUACCUCACUUUCUUAACGCACCUGCAAAACAUUUCUGCAGGAGCAGCAGAUUAAGAGGCGCAUGUGGAGUUGAUUUGAUCACUUUGCUCAAACAAAGAAUUGACGUUGCUAAAGCAAACAAGUUAUAGUUUGCUCAAUCAAGAAAAGUGCCGCAGAAAAGCCAAUAUAAGUGCUCCAGCGACAUUUUCCAGUCAUGAUGUUGCAAAGCCGCUCGAGCCACGCCAACGUAGUUUUUGUUUCUAAGUUGCAUACUUGAUUUUGGAGCUCUUUUUAGUCUUUCCACCCCUGUUUCUCUCUAGUUGUGUCUGGCAAGACCGCUACUACAGUGGAUAGGAUUUUGAUUGGUUUUGGAAUUUGGAACUAAAUUAGAUUAGAUUCAUGAAAUAGUUUUCUCACUCUAUUUUUAUUCAAGGUUUAAAAAUCUGAGGUCCUUGGGAUUGUGUGCAGA